AUGAGACUGGAGGACCUCCCGCAAGGCCCUAUCAAACCGGGCAAGAAGGCUGCUGCUCGACCGGCACCCCUCCCGGAGCUGGACGAGGGGCCUGCGUAUCCGACUGUCGUCCUGCAGGCUCGGAGGAAUAUGCAGCGGUUCGAUGGGUGUGUGCUACUUACGCGUGUUGGAGGGUUUUAUGAGUUGUAUUUUGAGCAGGCGGAGGAGUAUGGGCCGUUGUUGAAUUUGAAGGUUGCGCAGAAGAAGACGAAUGCUGGGCCGGUACCGAUGUCUGGCUUUCCGUUCUUCCAACUGGACCGGUUUCUCAAGACACUGGUUCAGGACCUGAACUGCUACGUCGCCAUUGCGGAGGAAUUCCCCAACGACCCGGGUGACAAGAUCAAGUCGAAUGGGCUGAUGCACGAUCGGAGGGUCACGCGUGUUAUUACACCCGGCACGCUUAUCGAUGAGAACUUCAUCGACCCCUAUGCUAAUAAUUAUGUCAUGGCGAUUCACGUCGACCAUCAGAAGCAACGGGCCGAUAUUUCUAAGCCUAAUAGUAAUAUCAAGGGCAUAGACCUGGGACACUUAACCCCACCACAAGUCGGCGCUGCUGCUACGCCGAUAGGAUUGGCCUGGAUAGACGUCUCUACGGGCCAGUUUUAUACGCAGUCCACGACAGUUACUUCAUUGGCAUCUAUCCUCUCGCGUGUUGGUCCCAGAGAGGUAGUCGUAGACCAGGUCCUCGAAUCGCAACGAGACCACCAGCUCUUCAGCGUAUUAGCAGAGGACAAACACUUGGUCACCUUCUCGCCGCAUAGCGAGUUCCUACCACUGUCGGAAUGGGGCCCGAUGUUAGAAUCCAACAUCUCGAUCCAAACAGCGCAGGGCUUCAGUCUGGACGAAGUAUACGCUGGGAGCUUACUCUUACAGUACGUGCGGGACCGUCUGCAAGGUCUAAGCAUGAAGUUGCAGCCGCCGUUACGUUAUGACAGUAUGUCCGUCAUGUCCAUCGACAAGAGCACCAUGCGGUCUCUCGAGAUUAAGCAAACUAUCCGGGAUGGCACCUUUCGCGGAAGCCUGCUACACGCCGUCCGCAAGACUGUUACCAAAGGCGGCGCUCGGCUUCUCAACGCCUGGCUUAGCGCUCCGUCAACGUCUCUCGAGACCAUAAAGGCCCGUCAAGACCUCGUCGAGCACUUCAUCCAGAACCCGGAUCUACGCGAUGAGAUGGUCAUGUUGCUAAGGCGGAGCCACGACUCGCAGCGUUUGGUUCAGAAAUUUGCGGUCGGUCGUGGAGAUCCGGACGAUCUUAUCGCCCUUGGCAAUACUAUACGAGCUACGCAGGAUAUCGUCUCCCUCCUAGAAUCUUCGAAAGAGACACCCGCUGCGAAGAAGACACGGGCUAAGAGUAAAGGAGCUAGUUGCUUCACACCUCUCCUUUCGCGCAUCAAGCUCGAAGAGCCGGCCCACCUUGCCAACCGCAUCAAGACAUCCAUCGACGAGGAAGGAUUAGUCCAGCAACACCGAGACGAAGACAGCGAAGCAAGCCAACUCCUGACUCUAGCCGAAGACGUCGUCGCUGCCGAGGGUACGACAGGAGACGCCUCUUCCCUGCCCAAGGGGGCUAUGGCCAUGAGAAAGAAAAGGCAAAGCACCUCGAUAAGAGAACACUAUUCGGAAGACAGCGUAGCCUUCGUCUGCAAGCCCGAAGCCAGUCCCGGCCUACGCGAACUCCACACCAGGCUCUCGUCCCUGCAACACGAGAAAUCCGAGCUCGCCGAAGAACUGCGCACCCGCUACGGCGCCGCCAGUCUGACGCUGCGCUGGACGCCUACCCUCGGACACGUGUGCCACGUCAAGGGUACCAAGGACAUGCGGAAAAUUAUCGAUAGCAAAGACAGCGAAAACGGGGAUAGUAGCAAUGCCACGGCGGCAGUAGUUGUCAGCUCGAGCCGUAGCACACGAGCAUUCCACGCGCCGGAGUGGACGACGCUCGGGCGACGUAUCCAUCAGACGCGCUUCGAAGUCACUGCUGAAGAGCAACGGCUAUUAGCCGAACUACGCGCCCUUGUGGUCUCCAACCUCGUUAAACUACGACGUAACGCCUCCGCGCUAGACGAGCUCGACGUCGCUGCCUCCUUCGCCCGUCUAGCCGUCGAGCACGGCUGGACGCGACCGGUACUCCACGACAUCGAUGCUACUUCCCCUGGUAACGAACACAUCGUCCUCGGCGGUCGACAUCCCACCGUCGAAGCCGGUCUCCGCGAGCAAGGCCGCUCUUUUACCAAGAACGACUGCUGUCUCGGCGGCAUAUCUCCCUCCCCUUCCCCUGACACCCCCAAUAAUCCCCCCGAGCAAAACCAAUCCCACCAGCACGGCCGCCUCCUCCUAAUAACCGGCCCCAACAUGGGCGGCAAAAGCACCUACCUCCGUCAAAACGCACUAAUCUCUAUCCUCGCCCAAGCCGGUAGUUUCGUACCCGCAGUCCACGCAAGCCUCGGCAUCACCGACGCCGUAUUCUCGCGCGUCGGGUCCGCCGACGACUUAUCCGCCGACCAAAGCACGUUUAUGGUAGAAAUGCUCGAAACGGCCGCCAUACUCCGUUUAGCGACCCCUCGAUCCCUAGUAAUCAUGGACGAGGUGGGCCGGGGUACAACGCCCGAAGACGGCACGGCAGUAGCGUUUGCCGCGCUGUAUCAUCUGGCUACGGUGAAUCGGAGCCGAGCCUUGUUUGCUACCCAUUUCCACGGGCUGGCGGAUCUGGCUGCUGAGCGGGAGAUGAUGGUAGCGCAGGGAGGCGCUGUGGAUACGUAUUGUACUGAUGUUGAAGAGGAUGGUACCGGGGGGUUCAUCUACGUGCAUAAGUUACGAAAGGGCGUUAACCGGCAAAGCCAUGCGUUGAAGGUAGCGCGUUUGGCUAAUUUACCCGAAGCUGCCAUUGCCGUUGCGAGGGAGAUAUUGCAAAAGAACGGGCGUACCUAA